GAGAGAGAGAGAACGAAUUGUGUCAAGUUAGCGAGCGCUGUCAUUUUGCGGUGUUCCACGGUGCUCUGCGGUAUAGUUCGGUUUAGAUAAUACGGCGUUAUAUCCACGUCAAGUUUUUUUCUCGUGGAAGUAAAACUAUUUUAAGUACCCGGCGAUUUUUAUUAGAUAUUUUAGGAAAUGGCGGACACGACUGUGGAUGCUACGCGACGCCUGAAUGUGAAAAAACAGACACUGGACGACGCUUAUGCGGCGCCUGCGAACUUCCUCGAGAUCGACGUGAUUAAUCCGAUCACACACGGCGUCGGCAAGAAACGAUACACCGAUUACGAAGUUCGCAUGAGGACAAACUUGCCAGUCUUUAAGGUAAAAGAUUCGACCGUGAGAAGACGAUACAGUGACUUUGAAUGGCUAAGAAACGAAUUAGAAAGAGAUAGUAAGAUUGUGGUGCCACCUUUGCCGGGGAAAGCAUGGAAGCGUCAAAUGCCUUUUCGCGGGGAUGAUGGAAUAUUUGAGGAAGAUUUUAUUGAGGACCGAAGAAAAGGCUUGGAAGUUUUUGUUAACAACCGGACAUCCUUUGGCACAAAAUGAACGGUGUUUACAUAUGUUUCUACAAGAACCAGUAAUAGAUAAGAAUUAUGUACCUGGUAAAAUACGU